AUGCCGGGCCACGGGGAAGCACCAGUGUUAGGAGGCAGAAGGGAGCCAGGGGAAGGCAUGGGCCACAGCCUUUCUUGGGGUUUCCACAGGAAAGAAAAAGGGAAAAGAUAUACAAAUCAGACAGAAAGAUCAGAGCUUCAUCUCAAAAAGCACCCAGCCCAGCAUACGUCGUCCCCAGUCCCCUCCCCAAAUAACCACUUGAGAUGGAGACAGAGACAAGAAACGAAGCCUGAGCCCCUCCAGUGCAACUCUGUUCCCCGCUCCGACCCUGAAUUCAGCUCCCCCGCCUCCAACCUGAGCGUGGGCAACCUCAGCAACCGAGUCGCACUGGGUGCUGAGCUAGCGUUUGGUUUCCUGCAGGCCGCCGAGGUGGCGGCCCAAGGGGAAUCGCAGAGUCAAGAAAAUCUUUCCAACACGUCUAUGUCAACUACAGAAGUGUAUAAGAUAAACUUUAUAUUUCCAAAUGGAGACAAAUAUGAUGGUGACUGUACAAGAACAUCUUCUGGAAUCUUUGAGAGAAAUGGAAUAGGUAUUCAUACCACUCCUAAUGGGAUUGUCUACACAGGAAGCUGGAAAGAUGACAAGAUGAACGGUUUUGGAAGACUUGAGCAUUUUUCAGGAGCAGUAUAUGAAGGACACUUUAAGGACAAUAUGUUUCAUGGAUUGGGGACUUAUACAUUCCCAACUGGAGCAAAGUACACUGGAAAUUUCAAUGAAAAUAGGGUGGAAGGUGAAGGACAGUAUACUGACAUCCAAGGACUGCAAUGGUGUGGUAACUUUCAUUUCACAGCUGCUCCGGGCCUGAGACUAAAGCUCCAUAUGUAGAUAUUCUGCAUUCAAGUUUUAAUGUGGUAAUUGAAGCUUUCGGUUGUAAGGAAAACAAUUAAAUCUGUCAUCUGAAAUAACUUCAUACACUACUUCUAUAUUAUAAUUUUGGCAAUAAAACCAUCACUCAUG